AUGUCUGGUGAAACCAACUACAACAGCUGGACCAAAACUGGCCUCAUCCAACGAUUAAAGGAACUGGAACAAGAACUAAAAACAAGGCCUGAGGCUCCCAAAGCUGCCUCUUCCAUUCCCGAAAAUGAAUCCCAGAAUGCCACGGCUGUGGAGGUCAAUGAGCCAUCAGGGGCUGUUAAAAAGACAAAAGCACCAAAGGGGAAGCGAAAGAUGGACCCAUCCAAGUAUUCAAGCAGGUUUAUUGCCUUGAAACUAGCGUACCUGGGCAAGAAUUACGGCGGAUUCGAGUUUCAAGCCAUGGGGAACCAACCAUCCAUCGAAGAGGAACUGUGGAACGCUCUCACAAGGGCGUGCCUUAUAUUCCCCGAAGACGAGAGGAUCGUUCAGUUCGACUGCUGCGAAUACUCAAAAUGUGGCAGGACGGAUCGCGGCGUAAGUGCCUUUGGACAAGUCAUCGGGCUCAGAGUACGCAGCAACAGGCCACUUCCGAAGAAGCGGGCAAAAACGAAUGAUUCUGCAGAUGUAGUCAUGGCCGAAGCAACAUCCCAAGAGGAGGAACAGGUAGGGGUAGAGGAGGAGGACGACAGACCGUUUGACGACAUCAAAGACGAGCUCUGCUACCCGCGCAUCCUGAACAGACUCCUACCAGAUGAUAUUCGUAUCCUGGCAUGGUGUCCGUCACCACCGCCCGAUUUCUCAGCCCGCUUCUCCUGUCGCGAGCGCCAGUACCGCUAUUUCUUCACACAGCCUGCCUUUGCGCCGGAACCUACGAGCCAGGAUGUAUCUCGUGGGAGCGCGGCCCUCAAAACGGGAUGGCUGGACGUUGAUGCCAUGCGCGACGCGGCCAAGCGGUACGAGGGGGAGCACGACUUUCGCAACUUUUGCAAAAUCGACCCGGCGAAGCAAAUCACCAAUUUCCGCAGACGGAUCUUUGAAUCAGAUAUUGUGGAAGUUAAGGACGCGAGCGGUGUACUGCCCUACCUCCAACAACAGGGGUUCUCAUCCGCGACGCACGAAAACUCAGGCCCAUUCCCCAAGGUCUACUAUUUCCACGUUCGAGGAUCCGCCUUUCUAUGGCACCAGAUUCGUCACAUGGUAGCCAUUCUAUUCCUCGUAGGCCAGGGUCUCGAAUCACCAGCCGUAGUGUCCGAACUCCUCGACACGGUCAAGAACCCCAGCCGACCAAGCUACGUCAUGGCCGAUGAGGUGCCCCUCGUCCUAUGGGACUGCAUAUUCCCAGACCUGUCGCAGAACGACUUCACCGCUGCAGAUGCCCCGACCAGGAGAGAAGACAGAAUGGACUGGAUAUACGUGGGCGAGGAGUAUGCCCCCAAUAAGUUUGGGCAAUUUGGCGUCAUGGACAGUCUGUGGCAGACAUGGAGGGGGCAUAAGAUGGACGAGUUGCUCUCCGCUCAGUUACUACAGCUUAUAUCCGGCCAAGGCAAGCACGCUAGCUUAGGACACAAAGCCAACGCCAGCGCACGCGUAUUCGAAGGUGGGAACAGCGGCCGUCUAGGCGGGAAGUACGUCCCCGUCAUGAAGAAGGACUUGCUGCAAUCGCCAGAAGAGCAAAAUGAUCGGUAUGCCAAGAGAAAAGGGUACGCAGACGCGGAGAAUAUGCGAGCACAAAAGGGAUUCCGCAAAGAAGAUGAAGAGUAG